GCCGCCACAAAGCUCUCCCUUACAUACUGACCCACUAGCACCGAGGAUGCCCGGGAAGAGUCCUAUCCCCAUCACGGUGUUCACAGGUUUCCUUGGAGCAGGGAAAACUUCGAUCAUCUUAUCUCUGCUCCCCCAGCUACCGAAGGACUACAAGGUAGUCCUUCUGAAGAACGAGUUUGGAGAUGUUGAAGUGGAUAGCCAACUGGCCAAACAGUCUCAUCUCACGGCGGUCAGCGAGAUUCUGAAUGGCUGUAUGUGCUGCGUACUUGUUGGCCAGAUGAAGACGGCUCUGCUGGAAAUUCGCGACAACUACUGGCCGGAUCGCAUUAUAAUUGAAUGCUCGGGAUCAGCCUUUCCCGCGACCUUGGCAUUCCAGAUCAGAGAACUCGAGCGCGAAACACGCGGAGACUUCAAGCUCGAUGCCAUCGUGACAGUGAUAGACGCCGAGAACUUUACGGGUUAUGAAGACUCUUCUCCCACUUCCAAGAUGCAGGCAAGUUAUACUGACGUGAUAUUGAUCAAUAAAUGGGAACACGUUUCGGAACGACAACUAGACAUCCUAAUAGACGAGCUCAACACCUUGAAUGACCUUACACCAAAGAUACGAUGCCAGGGACGCAACGGUGUUGACCCUAAUCUCAUCUUCGGGCUGGACACGAAGCUAUUCUCCGAAACCGACAAAGAGUUGACGCGGAUUGAUGGCACGCACAAUGAAGAAGUGGAGACAGUCACUAUCUACAAAGGUCCAGCGUCUGAGAAGCCUCAUUCUCACCACGACCACGGUCGCGGCCACGAUGACCAGAAGACGGAAGACGGCAACCUCGAGGAGACUGCGGUGGAACCAGUAAAAGAGGAUAUCCUGGUUGCAGCUCUCAAUGAACUGUCGAAGGAAAGUGUAUGGAGGGUCAAAGGUUUCGUCAGAGUCCCGGGCGGUACCAAAAUACUGAACUGGGCCUUUGGACGGUUUGAGCUGACAGACUUGCAAGGAGGGAAAUCGGAGGGUGCGGUCAUCAGGCUCACCGCGAUGGGGGAAAGAGGCGAAGUCAAACGAGCCAUUCGCGAAUUCGCAGCAGCGCUGGACGCAGAGCUGCUAUAGGUGUAUUCUUCAUAACAAGUACAGGAACUACAGUAAUACUUGCAGAACGCGAGGCACGUACCGCGUCUGCGAGUGCUUCUGUUCCCAGCCACCGCGGAGUAGGUCUAGGCCGAUCAGAAUUGAGACGCG